AGCCCUUGAUUUGGCGGAUGCAUUUUUCGAAAGAGGGCUCAAAGGAGUAGAUGAAGAGCCGCCAAUUGAUAUACAGUUGUUUUCGCCGUCGAAAACGUGGGGGCCAAGGUAUGCCCGCCGGGAUACCGGCGCCAGUACGAAACCAUGGCUGUCUUGAGGCUACCGGCGCCAGUACUCUCACGCAGAAGUAUGAAGAGUUGCUAGUUACUUGAGGCAGCAACAGAGGAGUCAUCCCACUUUCCUAUGGCAUCAAGAAGAAAAAGAAACCAACAUAUCUAGAUGGUGUAUACCUCCUCUUCACUUAAUUCACACAUACAACCCGUUGAGUUUGUGCUCAAAGCAGACUAUGAUUUCAUCAGAUCAUCCAGUUUUAAGAUUAGGAAGAGAAGAUACUGAUUCCAGGAGGAGGAUCAAUGGGUUAUAAUAGUGCAAGUUCAUCUUCAUCUUCUUCUUCUUCUGCUGUUGAGUUGUAUCCUGAAGAAGUUCAGCUGAAAUUAUAUCAAGCUUUCAUCUUCUCCAUUCCCAUAUUAAUUGCAAUCAUUCUUCUCCUCUUACUUUACCUCUUCUAUCUCAAGAGGAGGACGACGACGGAAACCCAUCAUCUCCCUAUCUCUGCUCACUCUAAUUCAAACAUGGCCGGCGAGAGAUUUAUGAUUAGCAGCAGCAGCAGCAGCAGCAGCAACUUGAAGUUAAACCACCAAGUAGCCAAACUUCAGACAGUCUUGCUUAAUCAAGUAUUGCCCACUGUUACCGAUUCUACGUGUUGUGUUUGUUUAGGAGAAUUUGAGUUAGAGGAUGUGUUACAACAGAUCCCAGCCUGUAGACAUGUGUUUCAUGCUGAUUGUAUACGUCUUUGGCUAAUCUCUAACACCACCUGCCCUCUUUGUAGAUGCUUCAUUAAUUCCCACCCUCCUCAUCCUCCUAUAUAUUCAUAACCCACUUCCUCAUUCUCAAUCAAUCAAUUCUUAACAAUAAUAUUCUUAGUUUUAGUUUUUCACCCUAGAUUUGGGCAAUGCUAAUCCGAAGAUGGAUAUGCCUUCAACCCAUCGUCCUCAUCAAACACUACUCUUUUUGUAUGCCGGUUUUUUCAUUAAUAUCGGCUUAUUUGAUCAAUGUUUUGUAUUGGCUGCCAGUGCCCCCAACUUUUAUCGAUCGGUCAAUGUUCAAUUGUACUUGUUUUGCA